ACUUGCCCUAACGGAUACUUUAAAUAAAAAUGCUGAGCCCUACUUAAAUAUUAUGCAAAUACUUUUUUUGAGCCAACUACAUUCCAGCAUCUUUUCUGAAUGGGCUACUUUGUCAUAUUCUAUAGUUUUUUUCUUGGUACUUGUCCAGAAGGUUUAUUCAGUAAUAGAAUUAUUUUAUACAGUUAAUUUCUUAGACUAAAUUUUCAGUAGAAUUGCAGACAAAUUGUAUUGUUUAUGCUAUUUGGGAAAUGAUAGGUUAAGACUUCCUCAUGUUUGCUUUCUAGUAAUUUUGUCACUCGUCUCUAGAUCCUGAUUCCUCUUUCACAUCUAUGUCUGUAACCUGGAGAACUGAGUACCAAAGUGAAGAUCCAUUAAUAUCUGCUGCCUUCUAGAUGUUUGAGUGUCACAACUUCUGGAAACCCAUAUCAUUGGCCUUGCUGGCUGGGGCUGCUGGGAAUUGAUCUUCAUUAGAAAUGUGGAUUUUUGCAAAAGUUCAUUGCUAUGGACAGUGCUAUCACCUUGUGGCAGUUCCUUUUGCAACUUCUUCAGGAAUCUCAGAAUAAGGAUAUUAUCUGCUGGACCUCCAAUGAUGGAGAAUUCAAACUUUUGCAGGCAGAAGAGGUGGCCCGCCUUUGGGGGAUCCGUAAGAACAAACCCAGCAUGAACUAUGACAAACUCAGUCGUGCGCUCAGAUAUUAUUAUGUAAAGAACAUCAUCAAAAAAGUUAAUGGUCAAAAGUUUGUUUACAAGUUUGUAUCUUACCCAGAGAUUCUGAAUAUGGAUCCACUGGUUGUUGGCAAGAUUGAGGGUGAGGCUGAGGCACAGGCUGGCUAUGCUGAUACUAGCAACACUACAAAGGACAUUGAGACUUGUGGGAAAGAGAAGCAUCAGGCCUGUGCAAAAUCCUCCAGUCGCAAUGACUAUAUCCACUCAGGCCUAUAUUCUUCAUUUACUUUGAACUCUCUCAAUUCUUCCUCUUGUGCAAAACUGUUUAAGCCCAUUAAGAUGGAGAAUUCAGCUGAGAAAUUGGCAGAGAAAAGAACUUCUCAGGAUCCAACACCUUCAGUCAUAAAAUUUGUGACCAUGUCCUCCAAAAGGCCUUCAGCAUCUCCCCUUGCCUCAACUACUCAACUGACCUCUAAUAUUUCAGCUGCCUCUAUCCUACCUUCAGGUUCAGAUGAAAGUCUCCAAGCCUUGGAAUCUUUAGUAACACCUAAAGGGGCAGCCACGGAAAGUUCAGCAUCUUUGCCAGGCUUGACCUCUGAUUUUAACUCUACAUCUCCUGCAACCUCCAUCUCUCUUAGUCUCCAGAUUCCAUCCAAAUCUCCCUUGCCACCUUUAAGUUCUAAUUCUGAUCUGGCUAUAGACACAGAAACAGAGUCUGUAGUUUUCCAGCAGCUAGAGCACUCUCAGAAUCCAGCUUUGGAGGUUAAAGAGGAGGGUUCCUCCAUGUUUGAAAAGGAUCUUCGUCAUAGCAGAACUAGAAAGCCCAAAGGGCUGGAGAUUACUCCCACUCUGGUUAUUACUGGCAGUGAUCCCAGUCCGCUGGGAAUACUAAGCCCUUCUCUACCAACUGCUUCUCUUACACCAGCAUUCUUUUCACAGACACCUAUUUUACUGACACCAAGCCCCUUGCUCUCCAGUAUUCAUUUUUGGAGUACUCUCAGCCCAGUUGCUCCCCUCAGUCCAGCAAGAUUACAAGGUGCUAAUACCCUCUUCCAGUUUCCAUCAGUGCUGAAUACUCAUGGACCAUUUACUAUGUCAGGAAUGGAUGGGCCUUCUACUCCUGGCCCUUUCUCCCCAGAUUUACAGAAGACUUAGUAUAUGGCUUUUGGGAAAUGGACAGCUUGGAGUAACAAGAGGAAGAGGUUUCAUUAAAAAUGCUGCAAUCCAGGUUUUAGGGAGCAGUUUUAAUUCCACAGAGACCUUUUAAAUUGACUUCGUUUUUGCUAUUCCCAGUUCAGAUGCCUUUGCAAAAUUCUUUUAAGACAUAUGAGAAUUCAUAAGGAAGUGCCUUAAUUGUGGAGAUUCUUCUCCAGAGUUUCUCUCUCCCCCUGCUCCUUACUGCUCCUUUUGACUGAAGGCUUCUUUUAAUAAAGAGAACAUUUUUGUAUCAUAAUUGAAUUGGUAUUAGGCAGAACAUUCAACUGGUAUCAGAUAGUUUUUGAUUGAUAUCCUUCCAUUCCUUUGCUUUUUGUUACGUCAAAAUAUUAAUUCAUGGAAGCUGGCAUUCCAAGAAAUGCUUGGAAAGUGAAUAAAAAAACUUAUUUUUACAGUGGAUUCCAAUGACCUUAAGGAGAAGCUUUAGCAUUACAUUUUACAGUCGUGUAGAAGAGAGUUGAGCAAAAUUUUAAGAGUGGUUGCUAUGGAUAAGGAGGCUCUUUUUUCUUUGGCAAAAAUGCCAGUUCAUCCAUCACAUAAUAGUGUGGUAUUUUGUAUGUUUGAAUGGUAUAGAUAUGCAUAGAUCAUGGAUUGAAUUGCUUUGAUCUUCCAAAAAUAUUUGAAGGCUUUAAGAUUUGAUAAACCAAGUCAAGAAAAAUAAAAGCAAAUUCCUUGUUAUGUAAUAAAGAAGAAUUUAGCAGAUUGUGCUAAUUGAAGAUCCUUGCAGUGGAUUUGUUGUGGCACUGGGUUAAUAAGCAUUUAUUUGACAUGCUGUGGGUUAUUGUCGUCUUGCUCCUUGAUAAUGUAUGCAGGUAUGACAUUUGGGAAGUGAAUGUUUAUAGUUUAUUCUUUUACCCUCUCAGCAAAUGAAGACCCAAAGAGACAUACCUCCUUUUGACCUCUUACAUAUCUAGAUGUUCUUUUAAAUAUAAGUGGACUAAAGUUUUAAAUGUAUUCAAGCCUCUAAAAUUAGAAAUGUGUCAUUAUUAGAAAGUACUCUGGCUAAUUAGGUGUUUGGGAUUGGAGGGAGAAAGAGCGAGGUGGCACAUGCUGUUCGUAAUCUGAAAGGAGUAAAAUAUGCUUUUAGCCUGCACUUAAUCUUGAGGGGAGAUACUCAUUGAGUAACAGUUUCAGCAUAAUGGUAGUUGACACUUCUUUGUAAACUAAUGGUAACAUAAUGAUGGCUUGUUGAAGUGAGAGUCUUCUUUUGGGGGCUAGAAAUGGAAAGUAUAAUGGAUAGAUCUAAAUACCACUAAUAGAAUCUGUCAGCUGAAAGAACUGCAAAACGAUUUACUCUUUCAGCAUAAGAUUUAUGUUCAGGCCCUGUUCUGUUUCAGAAAGCACCUUAAAUCUUGUUGCUUCAAUAGCUUAUUAGAAAGUUGAAAUACGUAUCAGUAACAUGUUAUAAUGCUUUUUCUGUAGGGGGGUGGGCUUGGCUUGAAAAGGGCUAACAACCUGUGGGUUUUUAUUCAUAUUCAGGCACUCUGAAAAGGCAUCAUAUCAUUUCAACAUGUAUGUUGGUAUGCAAGAAUGCCUCAAAGUAAUAUAUCAGACUAACGGAGGAGACAUUUGCUGAUUUGUCUGCAUUAAACUAGAUAAUGAGAGACCCUUGUGAAUAUGCUAUACAGAAAGGGGCAAAAUUUAAGUAACUGCGCCAUCUUCGAGUGAAAAACCUUUUAUUUGGCUCAAUCUGUAGUUGGCUCCCUUGAUCAGGCAGGGAUUCGAAAGGUCCAGUCCUGUCUUUCGUUGUACCUAACUGAAUGUGCAAUAUUUCAUGGAUCUGCUUUCAGCAUAGACAGGCAAAUCAGUUAUGGCAAGUAACAAAAGUAGAUGUCUUGCAUCCUUACGCUUGCACUGCAGGCAACGUCCAAGUCAGAGCAGCACUUUUAAAGGGUAGCCAUUCUAGACUGGCUGCUGAUGGCACAUGCAUUAGAUAGAGGUUUUAAAAAUGAAGUUUUGCUAUAACUUUACCAUGUACAGUAAUGGCGGUUAAAAUAUUUGCUCUUCAUCUCCUUUGUCACUCAGACAACAGGAAGGGCUGGCAUAUAUCAAUUGAAUGUUAGAAAAAAAAUAACUGAUGGACUAGAUAGCCAUUUCUCAUGGAUGCUUUUACUUAGAUUCCUGCACUGCACAGAGGGUUCAAUUUGAUGGCCUAAAUCAGUGUUUCUCAAACGUGGCAACUUUUAAGAUGUGUGGACUUCAAUUUCCAGAAUUCCCCAGCCAGUGCUGGGGAAGGAGCUGCACAUAAUACAUGUAUUUAGAUUUGCAAGUGAACCAAAACUUAGAUCAUCCUGAAAGUAGUUUUGUUUAUCCUAGUUUCACAAUCUAGUCCUGCUAGUCUCAGAAAAAAUGUACUGCUAUAAACCACUGGCCAUCUUAUACUGAAUGCAGAUGUAGCGUUUCCAUUUUUAGUGACUUAAUAGAACGCUGUCCUUUCAUUUUAUGGACGGUAUGUAUUAGAGAGAUUUUGAAUUUCUCCCUGCUCCAUCACUGAUAAAUCAUUUGAGAGUUUUAAGUACCAUUUGCCUCAUAUUUUCUAUUUAAGAAUGAGCUUUGCGAGCCAGAACUGGAGCUGGCUACUAUAUUUGGUGUGGAAGAUAACAGUCUAUACUAUUACAUAGUACUGUUAUAGGGAAAAGCUUCCCUCAAUAAUAAGGGUUUUUAAAACCAUUCCCAGUUGCAAACCUGUUGUGUAAUUUAUUUAGACAGAUUCUUUAUACUGGCCUACUUCCCAGCCAGUUGACCUGCUGUUUUCUUUAAUUUCACAUGCUUAUGUUUUCAAUAGAAAUUUUGUUCCACUGCAACCACUCACCUAGGUACUUCAUUAAUGUUUUCUAAAAACCCAUUUAGUAAAAUUGAAAUACCCCACUCUUACCUUCCAGGAUGGAGGGAAUGCAGGUUGAGAGAGUGAUAAUAAAAAUCCAUUUUACACCCCAGAUAAUACAGAUGUUUUUUAUUUCUUUUUCACCCAGACCCAGAUUUUAUUUUGCUUUUCAUGCAUGUUUUCUGUAAUUGUCAUAGAUAAUAAAUAUUUUUACACUUUUGGCUGCUAGAUCAUGUUAAUGUACACAUUAGUCAGAUGGUAACUUAUUUUUAUAUGUGAUUAUUGAUUUAAAAAAAUCUGGUACUUUAUUGAGUUUUCUUAAUGCUGUAUUUUUGUUCUCUGAUGGUUAGAGAAAAGAACAUCCCUACAUUUAUUGUUACAAUAUGAUACUGUAUGUUAGCAUGAAAUGAUGUCAGUUGGCUUUUACCUAAUCAGUUAGUGUUUGGACAAAUGUUGGAUCUCCUAAAUAAUUCAUUUCAUUUUUUGUUACUCUUUCAAUGCAUCUUUAUAUGUAAUUGCAUGUAAACAUUUAUUCAUUCAAAAGAUCUCUGUCUGUCCAGAUUAUACAGGUUAGAGCUCUGUUUUUUUAAAAAGGGAAUAUUCAUUAAGUUAGAUAUUAUUUUUCAAGUUUAAAAGUAAGCAGUGAAAAUUUUAUCUUUCACAAACUCACAUUUGUGAGAGUUUUUGCUCCUGUAACUGGUAUGAAAAUGGAUUGUGAGAGGCUAUAAAGCACACAUUAAUGUGAGGAGAUGCCAGAGAACUUUAAUUUUCCUUUGCUAUCAAUGUUUUGUGAAUAUAAAUCAGUGACAUUUUAAUUUAAUAACCAAAUACUUCUCAAGCUUGUUGAGACUCGCAAAAUUGUGCUUAAAAGGAAGCAUUAGGCUAAUGCCCAUGGCAUUGGAAAAUAGUGUGGUAACAAGAGUACUUUCUCAAAAUGAAAACUGAAAUUAACUAUCAGUAAUUAUCAGUGGGUGGGCCAGGUUGGUGUAGUAGUUAAGGCACCAGGCUAGAAACUGGGAGAUGAUGAGUUCUGGUCCUGCCUCAAGCACAAGCCAACUGGGCAACCUUGGGCCAGUCACUCUCUCUCAGCCCUAGGAGGGAGGCAAUGGCUAACUACUUCUGAAAAACCUUGCCAAGUAAACAGCAGGGACUAGUCCAGGCAGUGGCCAGGAAUCAACACUGACUUGAAGGCAUGCAGACGCACAAUUAUCAGUGGCCAGGUUCAAAUGUUCAGUUCUUGGUUCCCUAAACUAUAAUUUAACAUCCGGAAAGUGCAACAAGACCGUGCGUUCCAUUUUUACUUCCUUUUUAUAUUAAACCAUUAAACCAGUUAAUCAUCACAGCUGAAAUGAAGGAAUUGUAAGUUUAGCCCCACAGACCAUAUUUUUAAAUGAAAAAAGGUGCUGUGGUGCAAGUGAGCUUGUGGAUGGUUCAUUUUGCCAUUUAUAGGAGCUACUGCUUCACCAGCUACCCCUCAGCUCCUAGGCUUCAGGUCUUUCAAGAUAAAAGGUAACUUGUUGCUUUUUCAGCUCCUCCUCGUGGCACCUGCUGAAAGGCGGGGCAGUUGGCAUAUAAUCAUAAAAAUGCGUAACAACAUGAAAUAAGAACAUGGCUUGGAGUUUGUGUGUACAAGCAAUAUAAUUUUUUUCUCUUUUAUAUAGAAGUAGGGGAGUAAGGAUUACUGCUACUGAUCUCAGUGCAAGGCAGAGCUCUGAGUUUUGCUUCUCCUUUUCAACAUUUCAGUCAUAGAUGGUCUUCAGGCUUUUCAGGGAUUGUAAGUGGAAACAACAGAAAUAUAAAAGUGCCCUAAGAAUCGUUGCUUCAGAAAUUCAUCUCUGCCAUGCCUCUGCAGGAGUCUGGCUAAACUAAACUGGCUAAAGGGAGUCCCUUUGAGGGGAGAUGGGCGGUGGCUAAAUUAAACAAACAAAUAAAGCAAUAAAGCAAGUCUAACAAAAUUGUCUAGGUGUAAUUUACUGGCUCUAGACUCAUUAAUUAGGAUCUGCACUAUUGCUAAGGGUAUUUUGACUUUUUCUUUGAAUAGCUAUUUGCUUUUUCAUCCCAGAAACAUGCUUUUGAAAGUAGUUUACAAUGCUAGUAUCAAGGCUCUUGACAAAAUAUGAAUAUAAAUUCACCUUUAAGAUCAUGGAAGUAGUGCCAUAAUCUGUUGGCUCCUGAUGAUUGUUUAAAACAGUUUUCUCUUGGGUUCACUGUUACAGUGCUGUGGAAUGUUAUUAGUCACAGUGAUGAAGCUAAUCCCGUUGGUUGGAGACAUUGGUACCUAAGGCAGUAUUUUGUAGAGUUAAGCGACCCAGAUGGUAUCCAGACUGAUUUUUAUUAAAUAAGCUUGAAAGGUACUGCACUUUAUAGCCACAGUUUUAAAAUGAGUUGCACUUUCAGGAUUUCUAAUGCUAUAGGUCAUUGUGCCAUGUUAUAUUUCUCUAUUUGUUAAGACAUAAUUUUGAAGCUAUUAAAAAUGUCAUUUUCUCCAAAAGCAUCUUAAACUAAUAUUCUGAAGAUGAGUUAAAAGGUAGCAUUAUUCAUACAGUUGUGUUUAUCAUAUAAUAACCUGAAUGGCUGAAACAGUUGUUAAACACAUGAAUGUAUCUUUGCUUGAAGUGGCUUUCAGGUUUGCAAAGUAAAUCUUCUAUUUAGUUUGCUAUUCCACGUUGCUGGUGCUUAAAUUGAAGGAGUAAGCUUUUAUUUAGUUGAAUUGCCAUCAAACUUAAAUUGGUUCAGCAGUAUUCAUUUUCAUCCUGUUGAAAAAGAUCUGAAUGGAUUGGCUUAAAAUAAGAUUUGUUUGUAAUGGCAAACCUCCAAAGUUGUAUAGUUAGUGCAUUCUUCAAUGUGAGCAUUAAUUUGGAAUCCUUUUGCAGAGCUUUCUAGAAAAAAAAUCAGUGGAUCACACCAAAGAUCUUACUUGUCCAUGAUCAGUCAGAUGCUAGGCCAGAAACACAGCUUGAAGGUUAUAUGAUGAGGGGGGAAAUGGACUAGGUCUGCCACCUUGAGCUCUUGAAGGAAAGGCAGAAUAUAAAUAAAUAAAUAGAUCUCCCUCAUUGUGGCCCACAGUUGAUAUUCAGUUAUUCUAUUUGGAUCCCUAUAAACUUCUUGUCCCACCUCUACCAUAUCCCAUUUCAAAGCCAUCUUAAACUCUGACUUGGGAUAAGUUCCUUAAUAUUAAUUGUGCACUAUAUUAAUAACUGGAAGCUUUUAUUUUCAGACUGUCUUCAUAUCUGUUUUUAAUUUUAAAAAAAUUAAAUCUGCCUUUGGUAUGCCAUGUGUAACUAGUAGGGGAAGAAAUAACAAGGUUUUCUAAUAGAUCCUUUAAGCUGUGAUAUUUUGUCUUUGGUAGUACUUUUUGUAACUAUAGUUGAUAUUUGGUCUCUGUUCAGUUGCACAGAAUUUUAAAUACUAGAAAUAUUAGUUUAAAAAAAUACUUGUAAAGCUUGUACUGGAUAGCUUCUUCUAAAUCCACUUAAUUCAUUAUUUGUAUUUUUAAUGCAGUUACCAAAUGACUUUACGUAUACAUAGUGGUUGUGAGAGUACUUUUAUAUUGUUUCUAUUCAGAGUUGACAUGUUUGUGCAUGUUGUAAGAAUGUACAAGGGGAAAUCUAGAGGGUGGAGGAGUGGAGGAAGCUAGAAUAUGCCUUGAUGUGUAUGUUGGUAUAAUAAGAGUUUUUCAGAAAUGAAAGCUGCCACAAUUAAAUAUUGUUAAGGAAAUAUGGUUAUGUACUUCCAAUGCUUCACAAAUACUUCUGCCAGAAUGCUGACUAGCUAGUAUCUGUGCAGCUGCAGUUAGGGGAGUCCUCUGCAAGGGAUUGGCAAUCAUGAAAGCUACUACAGAAUCUCUGUUUGGCUUACAUUGAUGGUGGGCAGUAUGAAUUAAAUCUGUUUUGCUGGGUUUGCUCUGGUGCUGAUCACGUUCCUGCAAUUCCCAUUUUACUUACAAACACAGGUAUACAGUAUUUGGUUUCUUAUUUUCUUUUUCAAUGGUUACUUUCCCAGAAGAGUGUCUAUUUUUACUCAGCAUAUAUAUUGCAGACAAAAGUGGAAUUAUCUUAAUUUUGGAGACGAUAGCCCUCUAGGCUGGCUAGUACAGGAAGAAUACGAGUGGGUUAGGCCAGGUCCUUGAGCUGUUUUCUUAGUGUACUUGCCUGCUGCCUUAUCUUCUUGAGGCCUUUGUGUUGCCCUGAUAUAAAAAUCAGCUUUAGCUUCUCUUCCCUCAUCCUGUGCUCCUAGGUAAGUCUUCAUGCUCAUGGAGUUUGGGAUGUGAGUGUUCUGCAGUAUCUGUGCAGUCUCAAACAUCCAGGGUCUGUGUUGGUACAUUUGAGAGAAUACAUUCAGUACAUUUACAUACAAUAUAUUCUCCCUUGGUGGAUUUACUGUCUAAUCAGGAUUUCUUAAUAUCUGUCACAUGUUCAGCAGGUUGCCACAAGAGUCAUGUGAUUUUAGCUAGGGAAAUGUAGCUUCUUGUU